AUGGACGCGGUUCAAACGCAAACCGAAGAAAUAAGUGACAAUAAUAAUACAUUACAUAAAAAUCUGUGUGAGCAGUGCCAUGUACAACCUUCCAAGUAUACAUGUCCUCGAUGUGAAAUCCGGACAUGUUCUCUAGGCUGUGUAAAAUCUCACAAAGUUGAUUCUGGCUGUGAUGGGAUCCGUGAUAAAACUGCAUAUAUCCCCCUAGAGGAUUUCAGUGAUAUAAAUUUGCUGAGUGAUUAUCGUUUACUGGAAGAUGUCGCCCGAGUAGCAGAGCACGGUAAACGAGAUAUCUUGAUGAAACAGCACAGAAAGCCUCCUUUUUUGCAAUACCUAACAAAGGCAGCCUACAAACGAAACAUUAGGUUUCGAACAAUGCCUUUCCCAAUGUAUCGAAGAAAGAAAAACAAUAGUAUAUACUACAGAAAGAUAGAUUCUAUCUUGUGGGAUAUUACUUGGGUGUUUCCACAUUCUGCAGUUUUGCAUACUGAAAAAAGAACCUCUGAGAAGCUGCUUGUCUCUGAGGCAUUCCAGAAUGUUCUAAAUCCAAACACAGCUAAUGCCAUUUUGCUGUAUAAGCUGAAGGCCUACCGGACUGUCGAUGUGAAAACCUUGAGCUUUUAUAUGAAACAGGAAUUGCGGUCUAAGGAAAAAAACAAAUAUUAUAAUUUGUGUGCUGAAGAAUCUCUUGAGAAAAACUUGUCUGGUAAAGUUGUGCUAGAACAUCCUAUAAUCCAUGUUUUGUUCCCUGAAGAAACAUCCAAAUAUUCUCUGGUGUCUGAUACAGAAAAUUUGCAUUCCAACAAUGUACCAACUUCUCACUCAGGGGAGAUUCUUCAAGGCUCAGAAAUGACAAAAGACAAACACAUCGUUCCUGAAAAUGAAGUUACAGAAGCUGCUCCAGAUGAAUUACCAAUAAUGAAAAUAAACAAUUAA